UUUUCUAUUGACUCAGUCUUGAAUUUCGUUCGGAUCUAAUCACAACAAAUUCCGGAAAAGCUCCAAAUUCCGAUCACGAUGUCUUUCCUUAGUUAUUUUGAAGUUCCACGAGCAGAUCCCGGAACCAAGGAAUUCCUACUGUUCAACUCACCAUGGCCAGUCGUGAUAAUUUCAUUAUCAUAUAUAAUAUUUGUAUUGAAGCUUGGACCAAUUUUCAUGAAGAAUCGACCGCCAUAUAACGUUAAAACUUUAAUGCUUGUCUAUAACAUCGUUCAAGUGAUCUACAAUGCCCUAAUGUUUUGCUAUGGGAUAUACUAUGUCAUCAUUAAUCCUGCGUACGAUAAUAAAUGCAUGCAUACCUUCCCGCUCGAUCAUCCGCUGAAGACUCGUGAACGCUGGAUAACAUAUAUCUUCUUUUUGAACAAGAUGCUCGAUCUGCUGGACACCGUGUUCUUCGUGUUGCGCAAAAGCUUCAAGCAAAUAACUGUACUCCAUACAUACCAUCAUAUCAAUAUGUUCUUUUUCAUGUACUGGGUAGUAAGAGUCUACGGAACGGGCGGUCAAUACGCCAUGAUGGGAUUUUUAAACUCCUUCGUGCAUACCGUGAUGUACUCCUACUACUUUAUAUCGGCUCUUUAUCCCGAACUAAAGGGCAGUCUCUGGUGGAAGAAGUACAUAACUCGGCUACAAUUGUUACAAUUUGUUUUGCUGUUCUUCCAAGCAGUAUUUGUGCUCAUAUUCAAUCCGACUUGCAAAUUUCCAAUUAUUAUGCAAUUUAUGCAGAUAGCUCAGAGUACAAUAUUCGCCGUGAUGUUUGGCAAAUUUUACUAUAAGACUUACGUAAAGUCCAAAGAACAGAAAACACAGUAAACAAUUUGUAAUUUAUCUAAUAUUGCUUUAAAACCCCAAUAUUAGAUCUAAAAUAUAUAAUUGCGAAAUAUAAACAAUGUACAGAGUG